UUUAUUUUUGAGUCAGCUGCAUUUCUUAAGACUGCAACAACGAAAGGCAUUUCCUGAGAAACUGCAAGGAUGAGCAGCAAGAAAGAACAACAGCUAACGACAUAUGGGACCCUUGUAGUGUUUUUUAUCUUGCAAGUUCAGAUUUUUGGUUUUGAUGUUGAUAAUCGACCUACAACAGAUGUCUGCUCAACACACACAAUUUUGCCUGGACCAAAAGGGGAUGAAGGUGAAAAGGGAGACAGAGGAGAAGUAGGCAAACAAGGAAAGGUUGGACCAAAAGGACCAAAAGGAAACAAAGGACCAGCGGGUGAUGUUGGUGACCAGGGAAUGCUUGGUAAAAUUGGUCCAAUUGGUGGAAAGGGUGACAAAGGAGCCAAAGGCUUACCAGGGGUUUCAGGAAAAAAAGGAAAAGCAGGCACGGUCUGUGACUGUGGGAGAUACCGCAGAUUUGUCGGACAGCUGAAUAUCAAUGUCGCUCGUCUUAACACAUCCAUCAAGUUUCUGAAGAAUGUUAUAGCAGGUAUCAGAGAGACAGAUGAGAAAUUCUAUUACAUUGUGAAAGAAGAGAAGAAUUACAGAGAAGCCUUGAUCCACUGCAGGGAUAGAGGAGGAUCACUGGCCAUGCCUAAAGAUGAGGCAACCAAUGCCUUGCUUGCUGACUACAUCUCCAACAGCGGCCUGUUCCGAGCCUUCAUUGGGCUGAAUGACAUGGAAAGAGAAGGACAGUUUGUGUAUGCAGACAACAGCCCACUGCAGAACUACAGCAACUGGAAGCAAGGGGAGCCUCAUGACCCAGCUGGUCACGAGGACUGUGUGGAAAUGCUCAGCACAGGAGAAUGGAAUGACUCUGAGUGCCAAGUCACCAUCUACUUCGUCUGUGAAUUCCUCAAGAAGAGGAAAUAAAAGUGCCAGAGAAUGUACCUGGCACCUGCUGUACAUACAAUAACCUAUCUUCAUUCAUUUACAGUAGGGAGAGUAAAUCAGGGAUAGGAAACCAGGGACAGGGCUCAAUCCAGCCUUCACAUCACUGGGCUGAGCAAGAGUAACUGCUGUGUGGUCAUCAGUGACUGUAAAGUCAGCAUAGGUCUGCAGGGGGCAUCCAGCCAGCUGUGAAUUUUCAUUUCAUUUCUACAUGCAUUUUAGGUUUGGCAUUUCUAUGUGCAAUUUAGGGGUAAAUUUAGAGCCUGAAGAAGUGAAUAUAAUUUUGCCAGUUCCAGAAAUAGUAAGAUCAUUGGUAUUUGAAGUACUGAUGUGGUUUGCAAAGUCCACAGAUGGAAAGAGCAUGACCUUCAUUAAUCUCUGACUUGCACAGGGAGUCCCAGUAAUUUCCCUUAUGACUUCAGAGCUCAAAGUAAAGAUUUUAAGUAUCUCUUGAAAAAAAUCCUUCUUUUGUUAGAGUCAUAAUUUGAGGUGGAAGGUAUCUCUGGAGGUCAUUUGGGUAAAUCUUGCAUGCAAAGUAGGACCAACUUCAAACUUAGAAGUUGUUAUACUCUCCUUAAUUUGGCUGUGCAAUUAUGUUGCCUGAAAAGCAUUUAUUUGGUCUUCUGUAAAGCCUUUGACAUGGUCCCCUUCAAUAACAUUCUCUUUAAACUGGAGAAAUGGAUUCAAUGGGUGGACUAUAAGGUGGAUAAAUUGGUUAGAUGGCUGCAUCCAGAGGGAGUUGGUCAAUGGCUCAGAGUCCCAAUGGACAUCAGUGACAAGGGAUGUCCCUCAGGGAUCUGUAGAGGGACCAGCACUAUUUAGUAUCUUCCUUAAUGACAUAGACAAAGGCAUGAAGUGCACCCUCAGCACAUUUGCAGAUGGCACCAAGCUGGAUGGUGCAGUUGACACACCUGAAGGAUGGGAUGCCAUUCAGAGUGAUCUGGAUGCCAUGAAGGAAGUGGUCCAUGGGAUCAUUAUGAGGUUUAACAAGACCAAGUGCAAUGUGCUGCAUUUGAGUUGGGGCAACCCCUGGAAUCAGUCCAGGUGAGGGAUGAACAGAUCAAGGGCAGCCCUGCCCAGCAGGACUUGGGGUGCUGCUGGAUGUGAGGCUGGACAUGAGCCAGCAAUGUGCACUCACAGGCCACAAAGCCAAACAGGUCCUGGCUGCAUCCAAAGCCCUGUGAUUCUGUCCCUCUGCUUUGCUCUGAUGAGGCCCCAUCUGCAGUGCUGUGUCAGCUCUGGGGUCCCCAGCACAGAAAGGCUAUGGACCUGUUGUAGCAAGUCGAGAGGAGGCCAUCAAGAUGAUUAGCAGGAUGGAGCACCUCUCCUAUGAGGAAAGGCUGACAGAUUUGGUUUUGUUCAGCCGGGAAAAAAAAAAAAAAGGCUUUGGGGUGACCGAAUUGCAGCAUUCCAGUACCUGAAGGGAGCCUACAAGAAAGGUGGAGAGAGAGUUUUUACAAGGACUUGUGAGAGGACAAGGGGGGAUUAGUCUAACUAAAAGAGAAUAGACUUACGUUAGAUAAUAGAAAGAAAUUCCAUAGUGUGAGGAUGGUGAUCCCAGAGAAACUGGGAAUGCCCCAUCCCUGGUAUUGUUCAAGGCCAGCCUGGAUGGAGCACAGAGCAAUCUGGUCUAGUGGAAAGAGGCCCUGCCCACAGUAUGGGGGCUUGAACUAGAUGAUCUUUAAGGUUGCUUCCAACCCAAACCAUUCUAUGAUUCUACGCAGAAGAGAUCUUGCUUAUCUCUGUUUUCAACUCCAUCAUCCUUCAGGCUGGCCUGAAAUGUGAGGAAUUAAUUGUACAUAGGCAUGCAAGCCUACACAGCUUGUAGGGAACCUAAAAACAGAUGGAGUAGUUCUAGUGUCUGAAUUCCCCAAAAUCUGUGAUAAGCAUACAGAAGUCUAGCACAAAGAGAACAGUGUAAAGGAAACAACACCAUUCCUAUAGGCUGUGAACAGGCACAUGUCAUAUAAGCUAUACCAUGUGCCCUGCUGGUUUAACAAGUGAUUCUAGGAACAUAUUAACUCCCUAACGCAGAAGCCAGUGACGUUUGAUGUUUAAGUUAAAAUCACCCAAGCCUUUGUAACACAGGAAGAAGCUAUAGAACAGGUUUCAUCCCCCAAGAACCCAGAUUCAGGUGUGGUUGAACAACUUAGUCAUGCAGCUCAGUGGGACUCACUAAAAAUGAUGAGCACUGAACAUAAAGGCUCUGCUGUCACUGCCUGGCUACUUAGAUCUCCAUGUCACAAUGCCCACAAGAAUCACAUUUUCAUAUAUUUGCGAAUACUGACAGAGCUUUUUUCCUUCACACACAUCAAGUGCUUAGUCAUGGUUUGCCUUUCC